GACAUUAAUUUUUCGUUUGAGUCACGUGCGAAAUUGGCCACGCACAUAAUUCAGUACCGAGACGGAGACUCUUCACUUGAACGUACGAAGUUCGAGAGAUCGCCACUUUCACAGUCGGCCUAAUUAUAGAACGGCGUCGCUCCCCGAGACAUUGGCACUUUGUUGUCGAGGCGUCGCGACGACAUCGUACGGUGCUAGCGGUGCGCCAGUUGUGGAUCGGGCUGAAGAAAAUGUCAGGCAGGGGCAUGAGGCGGAAGAAGUCGUCGCUUUCGGAAGUCAAGGUGGCGGUUAUCGGGGCACCGGGGGUCGGUAAAAGCGCCCUCUCCGUCCGGUUUUUGACCAAACGGUACAUUGGAGAGUAUGACCACCAAUCAGAAACCAGAUACAAACACGAAGUUUUAGUGGACAAUGAACCUGUACUCUACGAGAUAUUAGACACAUGCCCUAAGAACUACGAUGAUCUCCCGACAUCGGAAACAAUAAACUGGGCGGAUGGCCUUCUUUUAGUCUACUCAAUGAUCGACAAAGCCUCCUUCACUUACUUAAAGAAAGUCAGCUCUUUGAUAUCAAACACCGACAUCCCGGUGUACGUGGUGGCCAACAAAAACGACAUCGUCCACCUUCGAAAGGUGAACGCUGAGGAUGGUGCCCUCCUGGCUCGAGAAUUGGAAUGUGGCUUUUCAGAGGUUGCAGCUGCCGAACAAGUAGCAGCCGUGGCCGUCGUCUUUCAGGAGUUGUGCAGGGCUGUUUUGGCAGCCAGGAGGAAAUCGAAGCAUUCAUUGUUGGAGAGGAUGCUCGGCACCAGAACCAGCAACUUAAGAUUGUACGUUAGGGGUAAGAGUGACAGUGCCUUACCUAAAGACUGACACAUCGUGAGGAAGUUGUAGGAUUGUUUAAGGCUGAAAUGGAAUUGGUACUAAGGUACUCACUGUGUACUAUAAGAUCUAGUCAUGCAAGUCUUUUAUUAAUGUUGGAAUUAGUUUAGGUUCUUGAAGAGAAGAAGUUCUUUGUUUCUUAAUUCAAAUAUACAAAUUUUGUUAUUAACUAAAUGAGCAACUGUAGUAAAUACUUAUUAAAAACUAACUCUAAAGAACACAUGUAGAGUUUUAAAAGAGUUAAAUCGUUAAGUCACUUUUUAACGUUAAAUGGAUAAAAUUAUGCAUAUAUAAAUAUACCAUUCUUUUCUAUGUUUUUAUGAUGAUGUUGUAGUGUUUAAUUUAGAACAAAGUAUCAAUAAAUAAAUAAGUUAAAUUUACUGUUUGUUUUUAUCUUGAAAUUUAUGACAAAUAUUUAGGAGAUAGAUUUUGUUUGAAGUGUCUAAUUUCUAGUUAAAAUUUAUCAUAGCAAUAUUUAGGAAUUAACUAGAUUAAUUUUAUAAAUAAUUCAAGUUUACAUCUCUUUUUGUGAUUAUUAUAUAGGAUGAUUCACGUAAUUUAUUCAUGAGAAGUUUAAGGAGAACAGAAAGAGUUAUCGAUUUGAAAUUUUUAUAGGAAUCAUAAUUUGACACGAACUACUUUUUUAAUUUGUUUUGAACAAUAUUUCGUUUCUGGUCUUGCCGGAAAUGACAUCAACUUUGUAUAUUUUUGGGUUUUUAAUUUUU